AUGGCUCGCUUCGGAGACGAGGUGCCGGGUCGCUACGGGGCUGGCGGCUCCGGGGGAGCUGGCUCCGGGGGCGCGGCGGGCGGUGGAGGCGGCCGGGGUGCAGGGGGCAGCCGGCAAGGCGGACCGCCCGGGGCCCAGAGGAUGUACAAGCAGUCGAUGGCCCAGCGAGCCCGCACCAUGGCUCUCUACAACCCCAUCCCCGUCCGGCAGAACUGCCUGACUGUCAACCGGUCCCUGUUCCUCUUCAGCGAGGAUAAUGUGGUGAGGAAAUACGCCAAAAAGAUCACCGAAUGGCCUCCUUUUGAAUACAUGAUUUUAGCGACUAUCAUAGCGAACUGCAUUGUUCUUGCCCUGGAGCAGCACCUGCCUGAUGAAGACAAGACCCCGAUGUCAGAACGACUGGAUGACACGGAACCAUAUUUCAUCGGAAUCUUUUGUUUUGAGGCUGGAAUUAAAAUCAUCGCCUUAGGGUUUGCUUUCCACAAAGGCUCCUAUCUGAGGAAUGGGUGGAAUGUGAUGGACUUCGUGGUGGUUCUUACAGGCAUCUUGGCGAAAGUCGGCUCCGACUUCGACCUGCGAACACUGCGGGCAGUUCGUGUGCUCCGGCCGCUAAAGCUGGUGUCGGGGAUCCCAAGUUUACAAGUGGUUCUGAAGUCCAUCAUGAAGGCUAUGAUACCUCUGCUACAAAUUGGCCUACUCUUGUUUUUUGCAAUCCUUAUUUUUGCAAUCAUAGGAUUAGAAUUUUAUAUGGGAAAAUUUCACACCACCUGCUUUGACUCGGUGACAGGCGAAAUCAAGGUCGAUGUUCCAUGUGGGACAGAAGAACCAGCCCGCAUGUGCCCCAAUGGGACCGAAUGCCGUGAGUACUGGGAAGGCCCGAAUUACGGGAUCACGCAGUUCGAUAACAUCCUGUUUGCUGUGCUGACUGUCUUCCAGUGUAUCACCAUGGAAGGGUGGACCGAACUCCUUUAUUAUAGCAACGAUGCCUCAGGGAACACUUGGAACUGGCUGUACUUCAUCCCCCUCAUCAUCAUUGGCUCCUUUUUUAUGCUGAACCUUGUGCUGGGGGUGCUGUCUGGGGAGUUUGCCAAGGAAAGAGAGCGGGUGGAGAACCGGCGGGCGUUUCUCAAGUUGAGACGGCAGCAGCAGAUUGAGAGGGAGCUGAACGGCUACAUGGAGUGGAUCUCCAAAGCGGAAGAAGUGAUCCUAGCGGAGGAUGAGACGGAGGAAGAGCAGAGGCUCCCGUUUGAUGCUCUGCGGAGAGCCACCAUCAAGAAGAGCAAGACAGACCUGCUGAACCCGGAGGAAGCAGAAGAUCAGCUGGCCGACAUCUCCUCAGUGGGUUCACCCUUUGCUCGAGCCAGCAUCAAAAGUGCCAAGCUGGAAAACUCCACCUUUUUUCACAAAAGGGAGAGGAGGAUGCGUUUCUAUAUCCGCCGAAUGGUCAAAACUCAGGCCUUUUACUGGACAGUCCUCAGUCUGGUAGCACUCAACACAUUGUGUGUUGCUAUAGUACACCACAGCCAGCCAGAUUGGCUUUCCGACUUCCUCUACUAUGCAGAAUUCAUUUUCUUAGGACUCUUUAUGUCCGAAAUGUUUAUAAAAAUGUAUGGGCUCGGAACGCGGCCUUACUUUCAUUCCUCCUUCAACUGCUUCGACUGCGCCGUUAUCAUAGGGAGCAUCUUUGAGGUGAUCUGGGCUGUCAUGAAGCCUGGAACAUCCUUUGGAAUCAGCGUGUUACGAGCUCUCAGGUUAUUGCGUAUUUUCAAAAUCACAAAGUACUGGGCUUCCCUACGGAACCUGGUGGUGUCUCUCCUGAACUCCAUGAAGUCCAUCAUCAGCUUGCUCUUCCUUCUUUUCCUCUUCAUCGUCGUCUUUGCCCUUUUGGGGAUGCAGCUCUUUGGGGGCCAGUUCAAUUUUGACGAUGGGACCCCUUCCACCAACUUCGACACUUUCCCAGCAGCAAUAAUGACAGUAUUUCAGAUCUUGACUGGCGAAGACUGGAACAUGGUAAUGUACGAUGGUAUCAAAUCUCAGGGCGGCGUCCAUCAGGGGAUGGUGUACUCGGUCUAUUUCAUUGUUCUCACCUUGUUUGGUAACUAUACCCUGCUGAAUGUGUUUUUGGCUAUCGCCGUGGAUAACCUGGCUAACGCACAGGAGCUCACCAAGGAUGAACAAGAGGAGGAGGAGGUGGCCAACCAAAAACUUGCACUACAGAAAGCCAAGGAGGUGGCAGAAGUGAGCCCCCUGUCUGCAGCCAGCAUGUCUAUAGCGGUGAAAGAGCAGCAGAAGAACCAAAAAUCCUCCAAGUCUGUCUGGGAGCAGAGAACGAGUGAGAUGCGGAAGCACAAUCUGCUGGCGAGCCGGGAAGCCCUGUACAAUGAGAUGGACCCCGAGGACCCGUGGAAGGUGACCUACGCCCGGGCCAUGCGGCCUGACAUCAAGACCCACCUGGACCGGCCCCUGGUGGUUGACCCUCAGGAGAACCGCAACAACAACACCAACAAGACCCGGCCCAACGAGCCCUCUCUGGAGCAGCGCUUCAGCCAGCAGCGGGCUGAGGAUUUCCUGCGCAAGCAGGCCCGCUACCACGAGCGCUCGCGGGAAUUCAGCAGCUCCCGCAGCUACGAGCAGCCUGAUGCAGAGGGGCUUGAGGCCCGACGGCAGCGCAGCGGGAGCAAGGAGACCAAUCUGAACCAGGACGGCACCUACCGGGAGCUGGACUAUCCCAGCCAGGGCUACGAGAGCAGCCGGGAGCAGGGCUACCGCGACAGCGCCUCGGAGCGGAUCAAAGCUGUCGACCCCCACCGCAGGCACCAGCACCGGCAAGGGGGCAGCAAAGAGAGCCGCAGCGGGUCGCCCCGGAUGGCCGAGGGCGAGCGGGAUCAUCGGCGGCAGCGGGCCCACCGCCGGAUGGGAGAGGAGGGCGGCGGGGGCCGGGACGAGGGCAGCAAGGUGGAGCGGCGACUGCGGCACCGGGAAGGGAGCCGGCCCUCCCGCGGGGACGUGGAGGGUGAGCAGCCCGACGGGGAGAGACGCCGGCGCCACCGGCACGCCGCGCAGUCCACCUACGACACCGACAGCAAGAGGGAUGACAGGGAGAGGCGUCACCGGCGCAGGAAAGAGAACCAAGGCCCCAGCCCAGUGCCCGGCCCGAACCUCUCCACCACGCGGCCGAUCCAGCAGGACAUGGGGCGCCAUGAGCCACAGGUGGCGGAGGACAUAGACAACAUGAAGAACAACAAACUAGCCACCACGGAGCCCUCAACCCCCCACAAUGCCAGCCACCUCCAGAGCCCAGCCAAGGUGGGCCACCAUGCCAACUGCACGGCCACCCGGGCAUCCCACAACCUUCCUGGCACCCUGGGCCAGCCGCCCCCCAACUCCCAGAAUGCUGCCAACCGCCAGGCACCCAGCAACCCGCCCCAGCCCGGGCCCCAGAAAACCCCCGAGAACAGCCUUAUAGUUACCAACCCCAGCACCCAGAACAACCCAGCUAAGGCUGCCAAGAAGCCGGAGCACACCACAGUGGAUAUCCCAGCCACCUUCACACCACCCAUCAACAACAUCGUCGUGCAAGUGAAUAAAAACGCCAAUCCAGACCCACUGCCAAAGAAGGAGGAAGAGAAGAAAGAGGAGGAGGAUGGCGAGCAGGAGGAGAAUGGGCCCAAGCCCAUGGUUCCCUAUAGCUCCAUGUUCAUCCUCUCCACCACCAAUCCACUGAAGGACCAGGUUCUGCGCUAUUUUGACUACGUCUUCACGGGUGUCUUCACCUUUGAGAUGGUCAUUAAGAUGGUCGACCUGGGGCUGGUUCUUCACCAAGGCGCCUAUUUCCGGGACCUGUGGAACAUCCUGGAUUUCAUCGUGGUCAGCGGAGCUCUGGUGGCCUUUGCCUUCACAGGCAGCAGCAAAGGGAAGGACAUUAACACCAUCAAAUCAUUGCGUGUCCUCCGCGUCCUCAGGCCCCUGAAAACCAUCAAGCGAUUGCCAAAGCUCAAGGCUGUCUUUGACUGCGUGGUGAACUCUCUCAAAAACGUCCUCAACAUCCUCAUCGUCUACAUGCUCUUCAUGUUCAUCUUCGCCGUGGUGGCCGUCCAGCUCUUCAAGGGCAAGUUCUUCUACUGCACGGAUGAGUCCAAGGAGUUUGAGAAGGACUGUAGGGGCGAGUACCUGGUCUAUGAGAAGGACAACGAAGUGAAAGCCCAGAGCCGGGAGUGGAAGAAAUACGAGUUCCACUACGACAACGUGCUGUGGGCCCUCCUGACUCUCUUCACUGUGUCCACGGGGGAAGGCUGGCCGCAAAUGUUCGACAAGGCCUCAACUGCUUAUGAGGACGUGCUAAAGAUGUUCAACCACGUCUUCACUUCAUUAUUUUCCCUGGAGUGUCUGCUGAAGAUCAUGGCCUUUGGGGUGCUGAAUUAUUUCCGUGAUGCCUGGAAUAUCUUUGAUUUUGUCACAGUUCUGGGUAGCAUCACAGACAUCUUAGUGACAGAGUUUGGGAACAACUUCAUCAACCUGAGCUUCCUGCGGCUCUUCCGUGCUGCCCGCCUCAUCAAGCUCCUGCGCCAGGGCUACACCAUCCGCAUCCUGCUGUGGACCUUCGUCCAGUCCUUUAAGGCCCUUCCCUAUGUCUGUCUGCUGAUUGCCAUGCUCUUCUUCAUCUACGCCAUCAUCGGCAUGCAGGUGUUCGGUAACAUUGGCAUCGAAGACGAAGAGGAGGACUCGGCUAUCACAGAACACAACAACUUCCGCACCUUCUUCCAGGCCCUCAUGCUUCUGUUUAGGAGCGCCACUGGUGAGGCCUGGCACGAGAUCAUGCUGGCCUGUCUGAGCGGGAAACCCUGCGACGAGAACUCGGGCAUCAAGGAGAAAGAGUGUGGCAACGAGUUCGCCUAUUUUUAUUUUGUCUCCUUCAUUUUCCUCUGCUCCUUCCUGAUGCUGAACCUCUUUGUGGCCGUCAUCAUGGACAACUUUGAGUACCUGACCCGAGACUCCUCCAUCCUGGGGCCCCACCACCUGGACGAGUACGUGCGUGUGUGGGCAGAGUACGACCCCGCCGCUUGGGGCCGGAUGACUUUCACGGAUAUGUAUGAGAUGCUGAGGCAUAUGUCUCCACCCCUUGGGUUAGGGAAGAAAUGCCCACCCCGGGUUGCUUAUAAGAGACUGCUCCGCAUGGACCUGCCUGUGGCUGACGACAACACCGUCCACUUCAACUCAACCCUCAUGGCUCUGAUCAGGACCGCGCUGGACAUCAAGAUCGCCAAAGGAGGAGCCGACAAGCAGCAGAUGGACGCCGAGCUGCGGAAGGAGAUGAUGGCCAUCUGGCCCAACCUCUCCCACAAGAACCUGGAUCUCCUUGUCACCCCUCACAAAUCCACGGACCUGACAGUCGGGAAGAUCUACGCCGCUAUGAUGAUCAUGGAGUACUACCGGCAAAGCAAGGCCAAGAAGCUCCAGGCCAUGAGGGAGGAGCAGAAUCGAACGCCGCUCAUGUUCCAGCGUAUGGAGCCGCCGUCCCCCACCCAGGAGGGGGUCCCGGGGCAGAAUGCUCUCCCGUCCUCCCAGCUGGACCAAGGGGGUGGCCUGAGUGCGCCUGAAGGGGGCAUCAAGGAGAGCCAGUCCUGGGUCACCGAGAGAGCACAAGCGAUGUUCCAGAAGACAGGCACCUGGAGUCCAGAGCGAGGUCGCCCCGAAGACAUGCCCAACAGCCGUCCCAAUUCCCAGUCUGUGGAGAUGAGAGAGAUUGGGAAGGACGGCUACUCAGACAGCGACCACUACCUCCCCAUGGAAGGGCACGGCCGGGCGGCCUCCAUGCCGCGACUCCCCGCUGAAAACCAGAGGAGGAAGGUGCGAUCCCGAGGAAAUAAUCUCAGUACGAUCACGGACGCCAGCCCCAUGAAGCGCUCUGCCUCCAUGCUGGGCCACUCGCGCGCCAAAGGCAUCCGGCUGGACGACUACUCCUUGGAGAGGGUCGUCCCCGAGGAGAACCAGCGGCACCACCAGCGGCGGAGGGAGCGGAGCCACCGGGCCUCGGAGCGCUCGCUCAGCCGCUACGCGGACGUGGACACAGGGCUGGGCACGGACCUGAGCAUGACCACGCCAUCGGGCGACCUACCUCCCAAAGAAAGAGACCAGGAGCGAGGACGACCCAAGGACCGGAAGCAUCACCACCAUCACCACCAUCACCGCCAUCACCACCCCUCCUCCGACAAGGAGCGCUACUCGCAGGAGAGACAUGAGCACAGCCGGCCCCGCUCCAGAGACAGGCGCUGGUCCAGAUCCCCCAGCGAGGGCCGUGAGCACAUGCCCCACAGGCAGGGUAGUAGUUCCGUAAGUGGCAGUCCAGUCCUUUCAACGUCCGGCACCAGUACCCCAAGGCGAGGACGCCGCCAGCUCCCACAGACCCCUUCUACACCCCGGCCACACGUGUCCUAUUCCCCUGUGGUCCGUAAGGUCAUCAGUACAGGCCCCCAGCAGCAGCCGCAUCACCCCAGCAGGAUAUCCACCCCCGCGCCGAGACGAUACCCCUCGCUCCCUGCCGACCCCCAGGCGGCGGAGUGGCCCGGCAGAUCGCCCGCCAUAGAGAGACACACGGUCCCACCACGGAACGAUUCGCCCCGAGCCUACCGCCACGCCAGCAGCCGGUGGUCGGCGCCCCACGUCUCCGAGCCGCACCCGGGACCCCGUCGUGGCGGUUAUUACCGGAGUCCGGACUGCACCGCGCCCCCCAGCGAGGACGCCUUCUCCUACGAGACCACACACAUCAGCAGCUCAGGGCGUUCGCCCAGGACUUCCCGGGCGGGUGGCGGCUCUUCACCCUCCAGGCCUGGGCGGCGACUUCCUAACGGAUAUUACCACUCCCAUGGAGCAGCCAAGCCACGCUCGCGCCAAGGACUGCAUGAACCCUCUAGCGAAACUGACGAAGAUGACUGCUGCUAACCUGGAAGCGGUUUGACACACUCAUGCACACUCGCA